AUCCCCACUCUAAUCCCCCCACCUCUCUCCUUCCCUCUCAUUCUUCCAUUUCCAGAAUUUCUCUGGGUUGCUGCUCACCUUUUCCUAUUCUACUCUAUCAGAAUUUUACGCUUUUUACUUCUUUCUUCUCUAGUUUUUUUUCGGUUGGAGAGAAGCCAUGGAAGCGGAAUCAGCGGAGGAAAAAGAAAGUGAGGUGAAAGCGAUCGUUGGUUCUGGAACCUCAGAAACCGACAUCCGGAGCGUUCUGUCUCAAUGCGGCAACAACCAUCGUGCAGCCACCGAUCUCAUUGUGCAUUCACCUUCAACGCUUUCGCUAACGCCCCAUUUCACUGCGCAGAAAACUCUCACUUCUGUGGGUGUGAGGAUCUCAACUGUCCAGAUGAAUUUAUCGAAGGACGUUGAGGAGUCCGAAAAGAAACCGUGUGAUGAGUUGAGUACAGUAAAGCAAGAGCCGUUGAGUGUGGAAAAUGGUUCAGAAGGCGAAAGAGAGAAGGGUGUUAUGAAGAAGUGCGGAACGGGUGUUGGGUUGAAGGGGAGUGCGCGUGUGAAUGAAGAAUGUGAUGUGGGUUUUGUGAAAGGUGAGGUUUAUGGAGAAGAAAACCAGGUUUUAAGUGGUGAAAAAUCAUCUGCAACGGUGGGAAGUCGUAGGCUGAGUUUUGAGGAGUGGUUAAGUUUGCAUCAUCCUGGAAAGAAACAAGAGGAAAAACAGGGUAUAACUGGUGGUGCCAAUGCUGAGGUUAGAGUUAAAGAGGAGCCUAAUGUAGAUACAGAGAGUAAAACUUUGAUUCUAGUAAAGGAAGAAGCGAAGGAGGUGAUCAGUGUACAGCCAUUGAGUGCAAGAAAAUUAUCUGAUGAUGAGUAUAGAAGGAUCCAAUCUGGGCAUAUUAACACUAAGCCUAAAAGGGCGAGGGUAGAAGAAAUGAGUUUAAGUUCUCUGGUGAUUGAGGACGGGGAUUUUCCGGAGGAGCCUGAUUGGUUGUUGGUGGGGAGGACGGUGAUUACAGGGCUCUCAACCACAAAAGGGAGAAAAUUGGAGAACAAUGAGAUCGUACAUUUUGCUUUUCCAAAUGCUGAUGUGAGGAGUAAGAGUAGUUCUCAUUUUAUGAGUGCAAAGGCUUCUAAUGCUGCCUCUGCUAUUGUUCGUUUCUCAACAAAAAGAUUCGGAGAGAUUGGCCGUUUACCGAUGGAAUGGGCAAAAUGCCUUGUUCCACUUGUAAAUUCAUCAAAGGUGAAAGUUCUUGGUCGUUGUAUAGCUGCUCCAGUUGAUCUUCAUCUUAUGCAAGAGAUUAUGUUAUAUGUCAGCUUCUACAUUCAUCAUUCUGUCUUUCUGGAAGGAGAUAAAUCAUCUUGGAAGUUGGAGCCUACAAAUAUUGAUGCCACCACAUAUCCUCUCUUAACAUUGUUUAAACUGCUGAAAGUCAAGCCAUCUCAAAAGGCAGAAUUCACACCAGAUGACCUUGAUUCUCGGAAGCGCUCACUAAAAUUAGAUGAUGAUUCAGAUGACACUGCAGCAGUUUUGCCCUUGGUGAAGAAGAGAAAGGGUUGUCAACUUCAAGAUCAGAACAAAGAUGAGCAAGCUAUUACUGAAACAUCCUUGAAUAAGCUUGUUGGUGCUGUAGAUAUGUAUAACUUAGAGGAAAUGGAGCCUCCAGAAACUCUUACUUGUGAUUUAAGGCCAUACCAGAAGCAGGCACUUUACUGGAUGUCUGAAUUGGAGACAGGUGCAAGUGCAGAAGAAACAGAGAAGACUCUUCAUCCAUGCUGGGCAGCUUAUCGUGUGUGCGAUGAGAGAGCUCCAGCAAUUUACGUGAAUAUGUUUUCUGGGGAAGCAACCACACAAUUUCCUUCUGCCACACAGAUGGCAAGAGGAGGGAUUCUGGCAGAUGCAAUGGGUCUUGGGAAAACCGUGAUGACAAUUGCUUUGAUACUGGCAAGAAGAGGUCGUGGUACCCGAGUAGAUCAACAAGUAAUCACUGAAGGGGAAACCAAGAUUGAACAUAUUAAGAUUAGCCAGACCACUGAAGCUUCAAAGAAAGCAAAUGGUGGCACCCUCAUUGUUUGUCCAAUGGCUUUACUCGGCCAAUGGAAGGAUGAGCUUGAAACCCAUUCAAAGCCAGACAGCAUUUCUGUUUUUGUUCAUUAUGGUGGGGAAAGAGCCAACGACCCUAAGGUGAUAGCAGAACCUGAUGUGGUCUUGACCACAUAUGGUGUGCUGACCUCAGCAUAUAAAAAUGAUUCCAUUAACAGCAUAUUCCACCAAGUUGAAUGGUAUCGUGUGGUGUUAGACGAAGCCCACACAAUUAAAUCAUCAAAGACUCAAGGUGCUCAGGCUGCAUUUGGACUGUCCUCAUAUUGCCGCUGGUGUCUUACUGGCACUCCUCUUCAGAAUAAUUUGGAAGACCUGUACAGCCUCUUGUGCUUCUUGCAUGUCGAACCAUGGUGCAACUGGGCAUGGUGGAACAAGUUGAUUCAGAGGCCUUAUGAGAAUGGUGAUAAGAGAGGUCUGAAAUUGGUUAAGGCGAUUCUGAGGCCACUAAUGCUGAGGAGAACAAAGGAGUCCAAGGAUAAAGAAGGAAGGCCCAUUCUUGUUCUCCCACCGACUGAUAUCCAAGUUGUCGAAUGUGAGCAAUCAGAAGCCGAGCAUGACUUUUAUGGUGCUCUCUUUAAGAGAUCAAAAGUUCAAUUCGACCAAUUUGUUGCUCAAGGCAAAGUUCUCCAUAACUAUGCAAAUAUUCUUGAGCUGUUACUACGACUGAGGCAAUGUUGCAACCAUCCAUUCCUUGUUAUGAGCCGAGGUGAUACACAAGAAUAUGCAGACCUGAACAAGCUAGCAAGAAGGUUCCUUCAAUCCCACCCUGAUUCAACGAGCCAGACUGGCCCGUCUCGAGCAUAUGUUGAAGAAGUCGUGGAGGGUCUUCGGAAUGGUGAAAAUGCAGAAUGCCCCAUUUGCCUCGAGUCUGCUGAUGACCCUGUUUUGACACCAUGCGCACAUAGGAUGUGCAGAGAGUGCCUUCUAUCAAGCUGGCGAAGUACAGUUGUUGGGCUCUGUCCCAUCUGUCGGCAGGUGCUCAGCAAAACCGAACUCAUCACAUGUCCCACUGCAAGCAGGUUUAGAAUUGAUGUUGAAAAGAACUGGAAGGAGUCAUCCAAGAUAUCCAAGCUCUUGGAUUGCUUGGAACACAUGCGCAACUCGGGUUCUGGUGAAAAGAGCAUCAUUUUUAGCCAGUGGACUUCAUUCUUGGAUCUUUUAGAAAUUCCACUCAAGAGGAGAAAUUUUGGAUUCUUGAGGUUUGAUGGGAAGUUGGCGCAGAAACAAAGGGAGAAGGUCUUGCAUGAGUUUGCUGAGACUAAACACAAAAGGAUACUAUUGAUGUCACUUAAAGCAGGUGGUGUGGGCUUGAACUUGACUGCUGCUUCCAAUGUCUUUCUAAUGGAUCCAUGGUGGAAUCCUGCAGUAGAGGAGCAAGCCAUCAUGAGAAUUCAUCGGAUUGGCCAAAAGCGGAUUGUUCGUGUCCGGAGAUUCAUCGUCAAGGAUACAGUAGAAGAGCGUAUGCAACAAGUCCAAGCGAGGAAGCAAAGGAUGAUAGCCGGAGCCCUAACCGAUGAGGAAGUCCGGUCGGCGAGAAUUGAGGAACUUAAAAUGCUUUUCCGUUAAAUAUAUUCCCUUGAUCACAAUUAUUUAGUUUUGUUAAUUUAUCAUUGGGUUGAAAAAUCAUGGUUAAGGGUGGAGGGCAAUUUUUGUAUAAAUUUAACUACUUUGUUUAUAUAGCGCUAAUGAUCUGUACAGGCAAACUCGUCUCUUUCUUUAUG